GCGACCGGAGCGGCGGGCACGGCGCGGCGCCGAGCGUCCUGUCAGGCGGCCGAGGGCGCCGCGGACCCGCGCCGCGAUGAUGCCGAUGAUAUUAACCGUGUUCUUGAGCAACAAUGAACAGAUUUUAACAGAGGUUCCUAUAACACCAGAAACAACAUGUCGUGAUGUUGUCGAAUUUUGCAAAGAACCUGGAGAAGGCAGUUGCCAUUUAGCUGAAGUGUGGAGGGGAAAUGAGCGUCCCAUACCCUUUGAUUAUAUGAUGUAUGAACAUCUUCAGAAGUGGGGGCCACGAAGGGAAGAAGUGAAAUUUUUCCUUCGACAUGAAGAUUCCCCAGCAGAGAGCAGUGAACAAGGUGGCCGUCAGACCCAGGAGCAAAGAACUCAGAGAAAUGUAACAAAUGUACCUGGAGAAAAACGCACUGAAAAUGGGGUUGGGAAUCCACGUGUUGAACUUACCCUCUCAGAACUGCAAGAUAUGGCAGCUCGGCAGCAACAGCAGAUUGAAAACCAGCAGCAGAUGUUGGUGGCCAAGGAACAGCGUUUACAUUUCCUGAAGCAGCAGGAGCGCCGUCAGCAGCAGUCUGUUUCUGAAAAUGAAAAGCUUCAGAAACUGAAAGAGCGAGUUGAAGCCCAGGAAAAUAAGCUGAAGAAGAUCCGUGCCAUGAGGGGACAAGUGGACUACAGCAAGAUCAUGAAUGGCAAUCUGUCUGCUGAAAUAGAAAGGUUCAGUGCCAUGUUCCAGGAAAAGAAGCAGGAGGUACAGACUGCGAUUUUAAGAGUUGAUCAACUCAGUCAACAAUUGGAAGAUUUAAAGAAGGGAAAACUGAACGGGUUCCAGCCUUACAAUGGCAAGCUGACUGGACCGGCAGCAGUGGAGCUAAAAAGACUGUACCAGGAGCUCCAGAUUCGUAACCAGCUCAACCAGGAGCAGAACUCAAAGCUGCAGCAGCAGAAGGAACUCCUGAACAAGCGCAACAUGGAGGUGGCCAUGAUGGACAAGCGGAUCAGCGAACUGCGGGAGCGGCUUUACGGGAAGAAGCUUCAGCUGAGCCGCGUGAACGGCACGUCGUCGCCUCAGUCACCCCUGAGCGCGCCCGGCAGGGUGGCGGCAGUGGGGCCGUAUAUCCAGGUGCCCAGCACCAGCAGCUGCCCUGCGCCCGGAGACCUGGCGAAGCCCCAGUCCCUCACCGGCGCCUCGAGUGCUGCCCACGGAAGGUCCAAAUCCGUCAAUGAUGGAAACUGGCCAACCUUAAAACAGAAUUCUAGCUCUUCGGUGAGACCGCCGCAGAUCGCCAGCGUGGACUGGAAGGACACGAGUGCUGAGGGGCCGCUCAAGCAGGGGCCCGUCUCGAGCCAGCCCAUGCCCCUGUCAGCCCUGAGUGCUCCGGAGAAGCUGGGCAUGGAGACCGGCAAAGUGCCGCCCCCUCUGCCUGGUGUAAGCAAGCCGCUGCCCCCAAGCUAUGGGACGUACCCAAGUCCUGCCCCUGUGGGCCCGGGCUCGACCAACUCCCUGGAGAGGAGGAAGGAGGGCAGCUUGCCCAGGCCCAGCGCAGGCCUUCCCGGUCGGCAGAAGCCCGCCCCGCUGCCCUCUGCGGGCGGCCCGCACCAGCCGGGCUCCUCACAGCAGAUUCAGCAGAGGAUUUCUGUGCCCCCAAGUCCCACAUACCCGCCUGCAGGGCUGCCUGCGUUUCCAGCCGGAGAUGGCAAACCCGAACUCCCGCUGACUGUGGCCAUUAGGCCCUUCCUGGCUGAUAAAGGGUCGAGGCCACAGUCCCCCAGGAAAGGACCCCAGACGGUGAAUUCAAGUUCCAUAUACUCCAUGUACCUCCAGCAAGCCACACCACCUAAGAAUUACCAGCCAGCAGCGCACAGCACCGUGAAUAAGUCGGUUAAAGCAGUAUACGGGAAGCCGGUUCUGCCGUCGGGCUCCACGUCCCCGUCCCCGCUGCCCUUCCUCCAUGGCUCGCUGGCCCCGGGUGCUGCACAGCCCCCGCCUCCCGGGGAGAGCACCGAGAAGGAGCCAGAGCCUGAAAGCCCUGCGCCGCCUGGGGACGGGGCCGUGGAGAGCCUGCCGCGGCCGCUCAGCCCCACCAAGCUUACGCCCAUCGUGCACUCGCCGCUGCGCUACCAGAGCGACGCCGACCUGGAGGCCCUGCGCAGGAAGCUGGCCAACGCACCGCGGCCCCUGAAGAAGCGCAGCUCCAUCACAGAGCCCGAGGGUCCUGCUGGGCCCAACAUCCAGAAGCUGCUGUACCAGCGCUUCAACACGCUGGCUGGCGGCAUGGAGGGCACCCCCUUCUACCAGCCCAGCCCCUCGCAGGACUUCCUGGGCUCCUUGGCUGAUGUGGACAAUGGGAAUGCCACUGCCAACGGGAACCUGGGCGAGGCCGGCCCCGCCCCGCCCACCGCCCCGCUCCCCGUAGAGGCCCCUCCAGCCUCCGACGCCAACGACAACCGGCUCCCUUCCCCUGAACCCGAGGGCCUGCUCUGUCCUCCGAACACCCGCCAGAUGGCUGAGCCGGCUGAGGAUGACAACAACAACGUGGCCACAGCCCCGUGCACCGAGCAGGUCCCCAGCCCUGGGGCUGAGGCCCCCUCUCCAGGGGAGGAGCAGGCGCCCCCAGCUGUGCCACUGUCCUCGGCCUCUACGAGCAAGCGGACCAACCUGAAGAAGCCCAACUCAGAACGGACGGGGCAUGGCUUGCGGGUCCGCUUCAACCCGCUGGCACUGCUCCUGGACGCAUCUCUGGAGGGCGAGUUCGACCUGGUGCAGAGGGUCAUCUACGAGGUGGAGGACCCCAGCAAGCCCAACGACGAGGGCAUCACCCCCCUGCACAACGCCGUCUGCGCCGGCCACCACCACAUUGUGCGGUUCCUGCUGGACUUCGGGGUCAACGUGAACGCCGCCGACAGUGACGGCUGGACGCCCCUGCACUGUGCCGCCUCUUGCAACAGCGUCCACCUCUGCAAGCAGCUGGUGGAGAGCGGCGCUGCCAUCUUUGCCUCCACCAUCAGCGACAUCGAGACGGCGGCGGACAAGUGCGAGGAGAUGGAGGAGGGCUACAUCCAGUGCUCCCAGUUUCUAUACGGCGUGCAGGAGAAGCUGGGCGUGAUGAACAAAGGGGUGGUGUACGCCCUGUGGGCCUACGAGGCCCAGAACAGUGACGAGCUGUCCUUCCGAGAAGGGGACGCGCUCACCAUUCUGCGGCGCAAGGACGAGGUCGAGACCGACUGGUGGUGGGCUCGCCUCGGGGACCGGGAGGGCUACGUGCCCAGGAACCUGCUGGGGUUGUAUCCGCGGAUCAAACCCCGACAGCGGACGCUGGCCUGAGCGCCCCCUGCAGCACCGCACAGGUUCGCCGGCGGCGGGGAGCGGCUCGGGCUGACUCGGCCAUCUCCCGGAAGUGGACGCUGGACGCAGCUUCAGGGGCUCCCGCAGCAGACCGUUUCCGCGGUGUGAGGGCCCCCGGGUGAGGGUCUGCCCUCGGCUCAGAGAGAGGCCUUCACCUCCAAGGAGACUGAAUUUUGCUAAUUACUGUAAAUCCAAAUAAAUACCCAGCUUUCUAAACCACCACCCUUGUUGCCAAUAAGAAGCCCUGUCGUUGAACCCCGAUCGGUUGCUGAUGAAGACGAUGCUCUUAUGGACCCAAGGCCCCCGCCCCCGGUAUCGCCCCAGCCCCCCCAGAGAGCCUGCCAGCUGUGAGGUGCGCCCCUCGCUGGAGCCCCGCCCUCCCGUCCCCCGGAAGUCAGAAGCCCGGCGCCAUCCUCGCGUGCAUUUCUUUUCUCACCAAAGGAGCCCUGUGUGGAGGCCUGUCUAGCGGGGGGGGUCUGAGGUGUGGGCUCCUUUCCGGUUCCAGGCCUCGGUCUAGGUCACCAACAGGCCACAGGCACAAGGAACCUUAGGACCAAGUGACACCACCGGGUCAGAAGUUCCAACACGGCGCCGCCUUCCUGCAGCCUCCCGAUGCCCCAGCGCCCUUGCCGUUCCCGGCACUGAAGGCCUGGGUGGGGGGCGGGUGGAUGGGAGACGCCCGCCAGUGCGUCUCGGGGCAGGGCCCAGACUCCCCGGUCCCUCUGCCCCGGUUCCAGGCUUACAGUGAGGCGCUUCCCCGAGAUUUGAACUGUACGUACAGGCUUUUAUAUACCAAAAGUAUUUUUUGACUAAACCACUCGAAACUAUCAGAACCAUGUUGGAAAUGUUUUUUUUUUCUCAUUAAAGUCCAGGCCCUGAGCUUUAUUUUCCA